AUGGCUGGCAUGGCUGAAAAAUGGGAGGAACUUAGUGGGAAAAGCAAUUGGGAUGGGUUAGUACACCCCUUGGCUGUUGAUCUUCGUAAAUAUAUCAUUCAAUACGGUGAACUGGCUCAAGCAACAUAUGACACGUUUAUAACAGAGAGAGCAUCCAAAUAUGCAGGAGCUAGCAGAUAUUCGAAUGAAAAUUUCUUUACUAAAGUUGGACUUGACCCAAACAAGUAUGGAGUGACCAAAUUUUUCUAUGCUACCGCAUCCAUUCCACUUCCUGAUGCUUUUAUUACAAGAUCAUUUUCAAGGGAAGCAUGGAGCAAGGAAUCAAAUUUUAUGGGUUAUGUUGCUGUGGCUACUGAUGAGGGUAAAGUUUCACUAGGAAGAAGGGAUAUUGUCGUUGCUUGGAGAGGAACUAAGCAAGCAUUAGAGUGGGUGAAUGACCUUCAAUUUCUACUUGUUCCAGCACCCAAUGUUUUUGGUAAUGGUGGUUUGCUUCCUUUGUUUCAACCUUUGGUGCAUCAUGGGUUCUAUAACAUUUAUACAUCAGAAAGCGCCCGUUCACAAUUUAAUCAGACUAGCGUUCGGGAUCAGGUAAUGGAAGAAGUGAAAAGAUUGGUGGAGGAAUAUAAGGAUGAAGAGGUGAGCAUAACUGUGACGGGACAUAGCCUAGGUGCAUCACUUGCAACUCUAAAUGCGGUUGACAUAGCUUUCAAUGGAAUCAAUAAAACAAGUGAAGGCAAAGAGUUUCCAGUGACUGCUUUUGUAUUCGCAAGUCCUAAAGUUGGAGAUAUCAAUUUUCUCAAUAAAUUUUCCAAACUGAAGCAUCUUCACAUCUUGAGGAUUCAUAAUUUAUUGGAUAUUGUUCCGAAAUACCCACCCAUUGGGUAUUUUGACGUUGGGCAGGAGAUUAUGAUUGAUACGACAAAAUCUCCGUAUGUGAAGCCUCCAGGAGAAAUUGUGAGCUGGCAUUUGUUGGAGCCAUACUUGCAUGGAGUCGCUGGUACUCAAGGUUUAGGACUUUUAGCAGGUUUUAAACUAGAGGUGAAUCGCGAUAUUUCACUUGUCAACAAAGAGUGGGACAUACUGAAAAACGAAUAUUGUGUUCCUGCAUUUUGGUGGACUGAAAAGCACAAAGGAAUGGUUCAACAAGAAAAUGGAUCUUGGCUUUUGAUGGAUCGUGACGAGUAUGAAUUCUGAGGCUGGUAGUUAGAAUUCUAAACAUGAUCACUCAUUGUUUGUUUCCUUUUAUAUAAUGUUUCAAUAAAUGUUUUAAGCUUUGUGGAAAUCACAUCCUAUAGUAUUUAUGUAUUAUGGUUCCUCUUUUCCCGGAGGAUAUUUUAAUUAUUAACAAUAUUUUAAUUACUAUUCUUUUGCUACAACUGUUCUUUUAUCCCUAUUUUAUUAAAUUUCAUCGAAUGCU